GCAUCCGAUCUCAUUGGAUGUGAGAAAUACCCCAAAUACGUUAAGUAGUCACGGGUCACUUAAAUCCUUUAAGUAGUCACGGGUCAUUAUCUCGACAGAUUUCUCACCCGCCCAUCAACGGACAACAGGACUAUCUAAAACAUGCAGCCUAAUGCUCAAACAUUAGAGACCGUACACAAUAUGUUGUGCCCUUAGUAGUAUUGAACAACGGACCACUUUUAAAAGCACAACAUAUACUCCAGUCAACAGACUAAGUUAUAAAGAAGAUGAUGCGUAAAAAGCGGCGCAAUUCUGCGGGUAAAGGAGAUGGAGCCACAUCGACCAGUAAGGCAAAGAAGAGUCGCACCACUGCUCCCAAGCCAAAGGAGCCAGCUCCAGAGGAAACCAAUGAAAGUGUAUUUGGUGUCUUUCUUCGGGAGGCAGGUGUCACCUUGAAACAAGCUGGAACAUCCAAUGAGAUCGCUGUCGAUCAAAUCGUUUUCCAAAAAAGGUUGCUGAAACAACUUCAGAAGAGUCCCAGGUUCCCAGGGAUUGUGCAGGAAUUCACUGCUGGGCUGGAGUCUCAUAUUGAGGACCCUGAGCGGUUUAGGAACUGCCUUCUUCCAUGUGUCCCACAAUUGUCUGAUGGAGACUCCGGUAACGUCAGCUCUUUUCAGGAAAGUUUGCUACGCAUGCUGUUGGGGAUUGAGAUGCUGCAGACCGUGAUCAUCAACACUUUGCUCGAGAAGCUCCCUGAAUUUAUGUUUGACGGUGCUGGAGAUGGAGGACUCAACAUUCCUCACACAAUUAUCAACCAGUUUAAAUGGCUGGACCGAGUUGUGGACAGCAAGCAGUUGGCAGCGAAGCUCAUGGAGCUGGUGUCAGUAGCACCAGUGGAGGUUCAGCGUGACAUCAUCAGCAGUUUGCCAGAGAUACUGGAAGACUCCCAGCACAAUGACAUCGCUAAAGAGCUCAACUCUUUACUCCAGGAGAACACUCAGUUGACUGUGCCCAUCCUGGAUGCCCUCUCUAGUUUGAACCUUAGUUCCUCAUUACUUACUGAGGUCCGUGGAGCCGUCAUGGUCACCUUGGGAGCUGUGCAACUGGAGGACCUACCUGUGGUGAUCAAGUUCAUCCUACAUUCUGUCUCAGCCUCUGAUGCAUAUGAGGUGGUGUGUAAUCUUCGUAAAAAGCUGGAGUUGGAGCAGUGUGUUCUCCCCCUGGUGCUGCAGGCCUCUCAGAGCCUCAUGAAGAGCAAAGGAUCAACAGCGUCCGCUGCCACGCCGUCAGCUGGCAGCAGCCAAGACAGCGUUACAUUGGUACUGGACGGCAUCAAGUCAGCGGUGCGAUUCCAGAAAACAAUAUCCGAGGCUUGGCUCAAGGCGAUAGAGUCCGUGGACAAAGAGGAGGACCACAAGGUGUUGGAUCUGCUGGUGCUGUUCAUCCUCCACUCCACCAACGCCAACCAGAGUCGACGGGGGGCAGAGAGGGUGCUGAAGGUGAAAGUGAGGAGUGGAUUCAUCCAGGAGGUUCUACUCCAGAGGACCUUCAGGGACUAUGCUCAGGUCAUGCGGGGGUAUUUCCCCUCCAUCCUGGCUCUGGCUCAGAGCUUGUUGCGCUCCCCUGACCCUUGUGUGGUGCCUUUUGGGGGACACAUGUACCGGCACUCAUUCACUGCGUUCGACUCGUACUGCCAACAGGAGGUUGUCGGCUCCCUGGUAACCCACGUGUGCAGUGGUGUGGGCGGGGAGGUGGACAUGGCCCUCGAGCUGCUCUGCGGCCUUGUGACAGAAAAACACUCCGAAAUGGCCCUUUAUGCAGUUUUUGUCAAGGGAAUCUUAGAUUACAUGGACAACCUCACACCCCAGCAGAUCCGUAGACUCUUCCACCUCCUGAGCAGCCUGGCCUUUGGGCAUCAGCAGCAGGGAUCUCACAUCCAGGACGACAUGCACAUUGUGAUCCGCAAACAGCUCUCCAGCACGGCGCUGAAGUACAAGCGCAUCGGCAUCAUUGGUGCUGUCAGGAUUGUAGGAAGCAUGGGGGCCGCCAGGCUGAAAGGGAAGGAGUCAAAGAAUGUGUCGUUACCGCAGGAGACACUCAGACAGGUGACAGCCCUGUUAGAGCUGGUCAAGUCCAGCAUCGAAAGCUCACCUGAGGCUGCAGCUCUUUACUACGACGAACUGGCCAACCUGAUGCUGAACUCCACCCUGGACCUGCAGGUGCAGGAGAACAUCGGAAAGUGUGUCAUAGAUGAGUUCCAGGUUGACUUUGUUGCGGAUCUCGGACCAGAAAUGUCGGGUUCCUUUCCUCUUACGCCGCGGGUGAUGUACGACCUGGAGGAUCAGGGGAACAUUGCCAUCAACUUGCUGCCACUACUGGCCAAUGAUAUUAAGGCCAAAGGAGAGCAGCAGAGUCAAAGCACAAAGGCCCACAAGCGAGUGUCUCCUCUCAGUCUGUGUCCGUUUUUCCGCCUCCUGAGACUCUGUGAGCACAGAUUGCACCAGGGAGACCUGGAUGAGAUUGACGGCCUUCUGGGCUGCCCGCUGAUCCUGACGGACAUGGACGUGAUGGAGAAAAUGGAGAGCCUGUCAAAAGCCGAGAGAGAAUUCUUCUGUACGUUGCUGUUUUACACCAUCAACUGGUUCAGAGAGGUCGUCAAUGCCUUCUGUGAACAGAAGGAAACCGAGAUGAAGAUGAAAGUGAUGACCCGUUUGCAGAACAUCACUUACCUCCAGACAGUGCUGGAGAGGGCUUUGGCAGUAACACCUGGCUAUGUUCCACCUGUCGCCAACUUUGAUGGAGAAAGCACAGUUGGGGUUUCACUUAGUGCUGCUGCUCCUGUGAAUAAGGCAAAGAAAGAUGGCGCAGGAAAGAAAAGGAAGGCCCCCGGCAAGAUUUCCUCAGAGAUCGCCUCUCAGCUUGACGAGACAACUGAAGCAGACAAAACUCAGCAGGAGCAGCCGGAGAAGGAGAUCCGCCAAGGCGUCAGCCUGGCGUCCUACAGGCCGUAUUUCAGGGAGCUGGACAUGGAGGUGCUUAAUGUGCUGCAGUGUGGCCUGCUGUCGUGCUCACUGCUUGACUCUGAGCUCCACACCAAGGUGCGGGAGGAGGUUCUGCUGGGUCCUGCUGAGCUGGUGUUCCUGCUGGAGGACAUGCAUCGCAAACUGGAGUUCAGUCUCACAGCUGCCCCCGCCAAGAGAACUCCUUUCUUCAAGGGAAGGACCGAUAAGAGCCUGGGCUUCUCCCAUCUGCAACAGAGGAGCUCCAAUGAUAUUGCUGCCUACUGUGUCCAGCUGCUGCCGGCGCUCUGCUCACACCUGGAGAACUGCCACAACCACUUUCAGACACUGCUGUCUGAGAACAACGGCGUUGUGGACGGACCUGCCACGGAUGUUCAGGAGUACAAUCUAAUGUCAUCAAGCUACCAGCUGCUUCUGCAGGUCCUGAACACCACUUUGAGCUGGUCUGGAUUCAGCCAGCCAGGACAGCGGAGCUUACUGAAGAAGGCCCUGGGAGUUCUGGCUGUACGACUAAAAGAGGAAAGCGCCAAGUUGACCUUGCCGCAGCUUGUUAAACACAGCUUCAAGUACCUGGUGAACUUCCGCAGCACAAUGCCAAGUCUCAGCGCGGCCCUGUGUCUCUCCCAGCUUCUGUCCACUGUGUCGGAGAAAGGAGGCGACCCUGCUGCCUUCAGAGAGCAGACGGCUUCCCUAGCAAAGCAAUUCCUCAGCCAAGACUGGGUGACAGCCAGAGGAGAGAAGGAGCGAGGGAACAAAUUCAAUGAAGCCCUUCACACUCUCCUGAGAAUUUACCUGGAGCAUGUCGAUGAUGUGCUGAAGGCAGUGGAGGAAAUAGCUGGAGUGGGAAUCCCUGAGCUCCUUGAUGCAUCCAAAGAGGAGAGCUCUACGUCAUGGCCCACUCUCAACAGGUCAACAUUCCUGGUGUUCUACAAAGUGUUGAUGGCCGAGCUGGAAAAGGCCAUCAGGAAGAUUCCUGCUGGCAAUGUCAGUGACAACACGGAGGCUCAGAGUGAGAAGCUGCUGACGUGGAAUCUGGCUGUCAGAGAUUUUCAUGUCCUGGUCAACUUAGUGAAGGUGUUUGAUUCCAGGCCGGUGCUCAAUGUGUGCCUGAAGUAUGGUCGCCUUUUCCUGGAGUCUUUCCUGAAGUUGGGGAUGCCGCUACUAGACAACAGUUUCAAAAGGCACAUGGAGGAUGUGCAGAGCCUGCUAAAAACCUUCCAGCUCAGCACCCGGCAGCUCCAUCACAUGUGUGGACAUUCUAAGAUUCUCCAGGAUACAAGCCUGACCAAUCACGUACCGGCCUUAAAGAAGAGCCUCGAGCUGUUUGUCUACAGAGUGAAGGCCAUGCUGAUGCUCAACAACUGUCAGGAGGCAUUUUGGAUUGGCAACCUGAAGAAUCGCAACCUGAAGGGUGAAGAGAUUCUAUCUCAGCGGUCAGAAGGAAGUGAUGAGGAUGAAGAUGAAGAUGAGGAGCCACGUUCCCCGCUGCCUCAGGACCUGUCAGAGGUUGAGGCCGCGGAGACGGACUCUGAGGAAAGUAAGACAGUCAACAGAGAGGAAGGUGUGGACGAAGAUGAUGUCACAGAUGACUCUGAUUAACCAAACAAUAAAGUCCUAGGUUUCGAAGUGUCUUUUUAAAGGUAACCUUUUCUAAAUAUAAAUAUUAUUGUAUCUUUAACGAAAUGUGCUGAAUGCUUUAUUCUAUCUAUCAAAAUAAAAAAACCCCACUUAUGUUA